AAAAUUAAUACUAAUAAAAGUAAAAUCAUAAUUCAGAGUAUUUGUUUAUAUAUAAUAAAUUACUAAAAACAAAAAGAAAUCAAUCCGUAAUGAACGAAGCAACAGAGAACAAAGAAGAAUCCCAGAGCAGUGAAAUGGCCGCUGCCGCCAUGGACGGUGCUGCUGCGACGGCGCUCCGGUCAGUCCUCCACCGUGUAAAUAACGCCGCCGUGAAGUCCGGCCGCAACGCCGAUCAAAUCAGAGUCGUCGCCGUUAGUAAAACUAAACCUGUUCCCCUUCUCCGUCAAGUCUACGAUGCCGGUCAUCGAUUUUUCGGCGAGAAUUAUGUCCAAGAGAUUAUCGAAAAAGCUCCUCAGCUUCCCGAAGAUAUUGAGUGGCAUUUUAUUGGGAAUUUGCAGAGCAACAAAGUGAAGCCUCUUCUCAAUGGUGUACCAAACCUUUUCAUGGUGGAGACAGUGGAUGAUGAAAAGAUUGCAAAUCUUCUUGACCGUGUUGCUGGAAGCAUUGGACGGAAACCUUUGAAGGUGUUAGUCCAAGUUAACACUAGUGGAGAAACAUCAAAAUUUGGUGUUGAUCCAUCUGGAUGCGUUGCACUCGCAAAACAUGUCAGUUUGGGCUGCCCAAACCUUGAAUUUUGUGGAUUGAUGACAAUAGGGAUGCCAGAUUACACUUCCACUCCGGAGAACUUUAAGACUCUAGCAAACUGUAGAAGUGAGGUCUGCAAGGCUCUUGAAAUGGGAGAAGAGAAAUGUGCACUAUCAAUGGGAAUGUCUGGUGACUUUGAGCUUGCUAUUGAGAUGGGAAGUACGAAUGUGAGAAUUGGAUCUACCAUUUUUGGAGCAAGGGAAUAUCCAAAGAAACAAUGAAUUUAAUGGCCUGAAUUUUUAUAAGCCAGUGGUUCUGGACAGAAUGUAUUCUUCAGUGUAAACUCAUAGACAUUAUUCUGUUUUAUAUCUUUAUCCUUAGUACCAGUAAACUGCAUUUGUACGAUCAAAAGGUAGUCUUGUAAAACGCUAAAAGCUGCAUCUUUGCAUCUUGGAUCUUAUACCUGAAUAAGUUUUAUAACAUAUGCAUUAGGCAUGAAUGCACUCUAUGUAAAUGGUUUUUUUCUCUGUAAUUAGUUGAAAUUAAUAUGAAGAUCUAAUAUUUGCAUC